AUGUCGGUGCUAAAACACACAUUAUUGGUACUUCUAUGUUUUUCUUUUCAAACGUUUUGUCAUUCAAAACCCAAUGAUAUUGAUGUUUGCUCAAUAUGGUCGAACAAUUGGAAAUUUAAUGUUGAUUUAAAAGAUCUGAUUCAUACAAAUGUUAAACCCGCUGCUGGCCAAAAUGCUGGAAAAUUUUCCAAAAUUCAUGUCAAUGGAUGGGAUGAAUGUGUUGCUCAAUGUUGUCAAUUUAGUCGUUGUAAUGUUGCCUAUUGGGUAUCAUCGACAUGCUUUCAUAUUGAAUGUUCGUCGGAUGAAAUGUGUCAACCAAUAGAGAUGGUUGACACUCACCUUAGUGAUGAUGUGUUUUAUUUAAGAAUUCGUUCUGUUCAUUUAACUGCAGCAGCUGCUGAUUAUGAUGAUACAGGAUUUGAUGAAUGUAAUGAAACGAAAUUAUGUCCUAUCAAUGAAAAAUGUGAGCAAGUAUCAAUUAAUGCUGAGUUACAACGUAACGUAUGUCUCUGUGACGGUGAUAGCGAGUUGCGUCGUAUUAAAGGUGUUUGCCGUCAAUAUUUACCACGUACGAAACCGUGUGCAGUGUAUGAAGCGGAUUCAGAAACUAAUCAAUAUGACGAUGAUUCAGAUAAUGAUAAUAGAGGGAAAUGUAGGAAAAAUGAAGAAUGUUUACCGCCAAGUGAUCGUGCUAAGCAUGGUUAUUGUCAAUGUAAAUUAGGAUUUACAAGACUAGACUCUAGUAGAAAAUGUGUCAUCGAUAAUAAAGAAGAACAAUCAACAGAAGUUCAUGUAGAAUCGUCUACGAAAUCAAUUUCGAGUUCAUCAUUAGACGAUUUUAUAGUUGAAGCUGGUGACGAUCAGAUAAUAACAUUACCAAAAGAUGAAGUUGAUUUAAACGGACGUGUUCUGCAUAAAUCAAAUAAAAGCGGAGUAGCCCUAUCAAUAUUAAAUAAUCAACAUUUAAAUCUACUUUGGUCAUUGAAAACAUCAACUAGUGAAGCUAAAGUUGACAUUUCUAAUCAAUCAGAUUUAGCAUCACAUGUCGUUGCUAAACAAUUACGUGCAGGAAUAUAUGAAUUUGAAUUGAAAUUAAAUGAUAAACAAGGAGCUACAUUAGCAUCUGAUGUUAUUAAAAUAGAAGUUAUUUCAAAGGCAACGACAGUACUGCCUCUUGUGGUCAAAGUAAUUUCUCCAGUAUCAGUUCGGUUACCACAAACAAUAAUUAAAUUAGAAGCUUCUGUUGAACCUUCGAGUCGGCACGUUACGUAUCGAUGGACAUACAAAAAAGAUGGCCCUGUCAUGCCGCUUAUUGAAAAUAUGAAUACAUCUGAUUUAUUAAUAUCAAAUAUUCGUGCUGGUACUUAUUCGUUUCAACUAGAUGUGAUGGAUGAUAGCGGUAAUCAACAAACAAAAACUGUCCAACUCAUUGCUACUGGCGAUCCAAUUGAAGCUCGAGUAACACACAGUCGUGAGAUAGUGUUUUGGCCAUCCAAUGAUGUUUUACUUGAUGGAACAUCAAGUAUAAUUGAACAACAACAACAAACACAUGUUUUUUGGACAUUACUAUCAAAUGAUAAUAAACAAGAUGCAAAUACCAUCGAGAUUAUUUCGCCGCAUUCACUUAAAACAAGAAUAUCAAAUCUUCGUAUUGGCCAAUAUAAAUUUCAAUUAGCAUUAGUAACAAAUGAUAAACGAUAUACAUCAAAAGCUGAAGUUCUUGUUGUUGUCUACUCACAAAAUGGUCAACCACCGAAAAUUUCUAUUAAUUUAGAAACCAAAUCUGUUAAUAUACUUAAUAAUCUUAUUAUUCUAAAUGCAUCAAAAACAACAGCAGAUUAUGGUAUUGCAAAAUGGCAAUGGGCUAAAAGUCCAUUGUGUCCAGCUAUAGGUCAUUUUAUAAAUAAUUCAAGUUCAUCGCCUAUUGCUUAUGUAACAAAUUUAAUCGAAGGGCAAUAUAUAUUUAUUCUUCAGGUGCUUGAUGAUAGACAACAAAUGAGUGAAAUGAAUAUAACAGUUAAUGUAAAUGGGGUGCCUGAUGCAGAAAAUUUAAUUGAACUUGUUUUCUCAUCGAAAUCAUAUUUACAUCAGCAAACACUUGAUAAUCUUCUCGCACAAAUACGUGUUUUUCUUAUUGAUUUAUUACCAAAUAUUCAUAUAAUCAUGGUUGGAAUGUUACAUGAAAAUGUAUUAUUAGUCAAAGGAAAAGAUUUCAAAACUGAUUUAAUUAUUUCGCCAAAAAUUCUCGUCAAUCAUUUACAAGAUAAGAUAAAAUCAUUGCGUUCAGCAUCAAACAUGAAUAUUAUAUCAAUCGACACAUAUCUGUGUUUAUCGGAUUGUUCAAAUCAUGGAAAAUGUAAUCAGAAAACAAAACGUUGUAUUUGUCAUAGCUAUUAUAUGGAAAAUUGGUUUAAAUCUAUUGUUCAACGAGAACCUAAUUGUGAUUUUGUAAUUCAUUAUUUUGUUAUAAUAACAAGUAUUAGUUCAAUAUUAUCACUAAUAUUCUGUUGGUUCUGCACAUGUUGUUGUUUACGUUGGAGACGCCGUUAUAAUUUACUGGAACGUCGUAAACGUAUACGUUAUCAAUUAUUAGACGAAAAUGACGAUGAAGGUGCAUACGAUUCAACUGAGAAAACGAAAGAGAAAUCUCGUUUUUUCAGAAGAAAUAAAACAAAAAAAUCGAACAUUGUUAUAUCUGCAUCUGAUCAAUCUGAUGAAAAUGGUGAACAAACUCUCUAUGACAAACCACUUCUUACAGCCAAAGCAAACAUGAAUUCACCAAAACUAAGAAAUCGUGGAUUAACAGUUGCUGUACAAGACAGUAAUGGAAUUCCAGUCUGUGACAAUGUACAAUCGCAAAAAUCAUCAGAACAUGGUCUUGCCUAA